GCUGUGGCGGCAGCGGCGGCCCCAGCCAUGCUGUGCUAUGUGACGAGGCCGGACGCGGUGCUGAUGGAGGUGGAGGUGGAGGCGAAAGCCAACGGCGAAGACUGUCUCAACCAGCGUGGGUUGUUUUGUUGGAGUCCAGAUGGUUAACACUGUCCCGACAGUACGCUGCCAGACCAGCUGUGCAGACCGUGCUGGCGGAGGGAAGUCUGGUGACGGGAAGAAGAAGGAAAAUAAGCUGUAGGUUCCCCCCUCAGCCAUUCUGCAGGCGACUUUUGAGGACUGCCUUUUCUUGCCUGCCGGCGAACCAGUCCUAAUGCGUGCCUCUCUGCCGCAUCCAGAGGGGUAGCAUCGUUGGAGCCUUUGUGCUCUGUUCUUCCAGCUUGCAAAAAGAAUUGUAACACCGUUUUCGAACUUUGGAAAAAGUGUGCAGGCGAUUGGGAAUUAUAGAAGUUGAUUAUUUUGGACUGCAGUUUACGGGUAGCAAAGGUGAAAGCUUAUGGCUCAAUCUGAGGAAUCGGAUCUCCCAGCAGAUGGACGGACUAGCCCCUUACCGCCUUAAACUGAGAGUCAAAUUCUUCGUGGAGCCUCAUCUCAUCUUACAGGAGCAAACUCGAAAGUGUUUCCCCCUCUGUACCAACUGGAAUAACUUUUCUCAGGGAUGAGCCAAACUAGGAAACUGAUGUCUGAUACUGCUGAAAUGCUGGAGACCUAAAUCUUGCAGUGACAUGUCAACAACAAAGCAUAUCUUUUUCUUGCAUAUCAAGGAGGCCCUCCUGGCAGGCCAUCUCCAGUGUUCCCCAGAGCAGGCAGUCGAACUCAGCGCCCUCCUGGCCCAGACCAAAUUUGGAGACUACAAUCAGAACACGGCCAAGUACAGCUACGAGGAGCUGUGUGCUAAGGAGCUCUCCAGUGCCACCUUGAACAGCAUUAUUGCAAAGCACAAGGAGUUGGAGGGGACCAGCCAGGCUUCGGCAGAAUAUCAAGUUCUGCAGAUUGUUUCGGCAAUGGAAAACUAUGGCAUUGAAUGGCAUUCCGUGAGGGACAGCGAGGGGCAGAGACUCCUCAUUGGGGUUGGACCGGAAGGAAUCUCAAUUUGCAAAGAUGAUUUUAGCCCAAUUAAUAGGAUAGCUUACCCCGUGGUGCAGAUGGCCACCCAGUCAGGAAAGAACGUGUACUUGACUGUCACCAAGGAGUCCGGGAACAGCGUCGUGCUCUUGUUUAAGAUGAUCAGCACCAGAGCAGCCAGCGGGCUCUACCGAGCGAUCACGGAGACGCAUGCUUUCUACAGGUGUGACACGGUGACCAGCGCUGUUAUGAUGCAGUACAGCCGAGACCUGAAGGGCCACUUGGCAUCUCUGUUUCUGAAUGAAAAUAUUAACCUUGGCAAGAAGUACGUCUUCGAUAUUAAAAGAACGUCAAAGGAGGUCUAUGACCACGCCAGGAGGGCCCUGUACAAUGCUGGCGUCGUGGACCUGGUUUCGAGAAGCGACCCUAGCCCUCCAAACUCGCCUCUCAAGUCCUCGGAAAGCAACAUGAACUGCAGUAGCUGUGAAGGCCUCAGUUGCCAGCAGACCCGAGUGCUCCAGGAGAAGCUGCGUAAGCUGAAGGAGGCCAUGCUCUGCAUGCUGUGCUGUGAGAGGGAGAUCAACUCGGCCUUCUGUCCCUGUGGUCACACUGUGUGCUGUGAGAGCUGUGCCGUGCAGCUGCAGUCGUGUCCAGUCUGCAGGUCGCGGGUGGAACACGUGCAGCAUGUCUAUCUUCCAACCCACACCAGUCUUCUCAACCUGACCAUGAUCUGAUCUGUUGUGCGCCUCCUGUACAUGCCAUGUUUCCAUGAGCUGUACUCUUAUAAACUGUAAAAAGGAUGAGCUGCGGAGAAAGGAAAUACUCCAACAUUCAUCUGCCAUGCAACGUAUUUUUUUAAAAAAAGGAAGAAUAAAAGGAAUAUGACUUCUCACCACUAGAACAUGCCAUGCAUCGCAUUAGCCCCUCCAGUGUGGGGAAGAGUGCCAGGACACAGACAUUCCCUGGACUUUUUAUUCUUUUUAUGAUCAAGUAAAGGAAUGAGUAAAAUCUUUGAUGUCAGUUAAGUGGCAGCAUAGCCAAAAAGUGGGUACCUUUUGGGAAAUCGUGUUUGUUGUAAGUCUCUGUGAUGUAUCCCAAGGUAAGUUUCCUACCAGCUGCAAAUUUUUUAAGAAUUCAUUGUAAGAAUUUACUUGGUUCUUUUGUACGGUCAUGGAGCUCUGAACGUUUUUAAUAGGAAAACUUUUCUUAAAGAAGUAGUUGUCAUUUUAAUGUCAUUUCUGUUUUUAUAACUUGUUCAAGAAUGAUUGGAGGCAGAUUUAAAGAUCAGUUCUGUGGCUUCAGAAAAGUUAAUAACAAAGUCUUCAGAUUGAAACCGGUCUGACUAGUGGAAAACAGGUAACUCAGCAUGGGUGGCUUCCUAUUCCUUCUCUCCCUGUCUCCUACGCACAAGCCUUUCAGUGACAAAGUGCUGCCAGUUUGGUUCUAAGAUUUCUGCGGGGGAGUCAGCACUCUGCGGCCUCCUGUUGGUGGAGUCUUCUAAGGUCAUGUAGAGAGCUCGCCCCCUGGGACGAAGCUGCACGGUGGACAGCCGGGUGGGUCUCCGGGUGCCCCCACUGCAGCUUCAUCCUGACCCGCAGCCUUUUACAGCCUUGUCAUCAUAAGUAUCCUACAUAAUGUCUGCUUCUCCCCUCCCCCAGUAAAUGCUUAAGUAUUAACUUCUGGUUGUCCCCCGCAUAUGUCUUAGAGGGGUUUCAGGGUCUGUUGUUUCUCUGUGCUUAAUCAUGUCUCCACUCCCACUUGGGCAUUUUGGAUGCUGGUCAGCUUGUGGGUUUUCUAGGACAUCAGGAAACCUAGAUGACCUUCCUGGGUGCAAUACUAGCUAAGUGAAAGCUAGAAACCUACACUGUCACUUUACUGAGAUUUCUGAGUAUACUUUUCAUAUUGCCUUAAUGUAGCAGUGAUGUGUUUAUGCAUUUGUUUCUUUGCACAGACAUUUUGUCAGAUAUUAAAACUCUACUUUUUUAUGGCACAUAUUAACAUAUAAGCCUUUAUUCCAAGAGGUAUUUAUUUUUUCACUUGUAAAAAAAUGUUUCCACAUAAAGAACUCUGUUAUAUCCUAGAGGACUUCUGUCUUUUGUAUUCAACAUAAUAAAGACUUUAAAGCAAAAACCACA